AUGAAUCCUCAGCUAGCUGCAUUCAAGCAACUACCAGAAUAUCUAGAAUUAGAUCACUAUGUAAGGCAGAACAUCCUUACAAGAGAUAAGCUCGAUAUUCUGGAAAAAGAGUUAGCGGACAAACAUACAAGCAAAAAAAGUUUUUAUUCAAUCAACUCAAACACGGUGACGCGCGCCCUCCUCAGAACUGCUACCUGUUUGAAAUGGCAACGUGGUAUGAAAGGGGGUGGAGUGACCUUACUCUCAGCCCCAGACGAGAUUAAAUUCAAGAACCUCGUCAAUGAGAUGGCAAACGAGCUCAACUGUAUAACGACUGCAAUGGCUCGUGCAGUCGUAUACGAGUUGAAUGAAUACCGCCUCAAGUUUGCAUCACGAAAUUUUGAUUUGCAAAUUGCCCAAAUCUUGCUUUGCGCCUGA